CUACGCUACGCGGAAUAACAACUUAAUUUUGCUCCUCCGUGGAGAUGGGGAAAAGUCUGGAGAGGAAGUAAACAUAGAAAACCUCUGGAGAAAGAUAACAUCACAACGUUUUUGACAACAUCGUAGCACAGCGACCGUGUCAAUUAGAUACGAUACAAAGUUGAACUAAUGAAUCCCUCUCAUCAGUUUGAAAACGGUGAUUUUAAUUAUCUACCAUUCUCCUCGAUUGAGAAUGGUGAGAUUGACUUCACAUCGUUUCCGGUCGGUGCUGGUGCUGUCGAGCUGACAACGGACCAAGGUCACACCUUUGACCUCGAGUCAACCUUGACCUCCUUGGUGGCGUGGCGAGACGACAGCUCAAUCGCCAUGGAUACGGACGACCUCGACGUCACCUUGCCAUUUUCAGAUUUGAUAAACCAUGCAGCUCUCUUAUCACUUGAUGAGCCCACGUCACAAAGUGAGUCAUCAUCAGAACCAGAUAACUCGCUCGAUGAGGUCUUAUCUUCCAUUACGUCAUCUCCAGUCGAUAUUGAGGCAACAGACACACAAUUAGGAGACAUCAUAUCGCCACCACCUCAAAAAAGAGGGCGGGGCCGACCACGAAUAUUGAAAAAACCCGCGCCUAAAACUGCUCCCCGCGUAAACAAAUAUGAAUUGGAACCCAUCACAAAAGACAUCCGGAAUGCGAUCGCGGCUAGAAAAAAUCGCGUCGCGGCGAAACGACGGUUGGAAAAUCUUGUAGCGGAGAACGAUGCCAAAGAGGAAAAAAUUUCCCGCUUGGAAGAAAUUAUUAAAGAUAAAAAUUCGGAACUUACAGAUUACAAGAAAAAAUUGGAAAUUAUUCAGCAAAUUUUGACAAAGGGGCAAAAUCAGGUGAUAAUUGAUGACACAAAUCUGGACGUGGAUCAACUCGAGGCGACCAUUUUGGAAACGAUGUGAUAAAUAUUGACUAAAAUAUUUAAUAUUAACUUAAUUUUAGGAAACUUAUUACAUAUGAAAAAUAUUUUAUUUUUGUAUAAUCACUGAUUUUUGAAGAUGGGCCGUAUUCAGAUUGGAAUUCGAUCUACGGAGGAGAACGUGCGACGUUUGCCACGCCAAAUUUUGAUGCCCUUGGGAUGCGUUGUCGGACUUAAGCAGGACCGGAAAAGGGAAGGAGGGUUCGACUUCAUGGGUCCAUGUGGGCCCGUUGCACCCAUUUAAAUGGGCACUAAACGCUAAACAGGAGGCAUUUUAAAUUCACGAAAAUUCUCAGAUUUCUAUACAUAAUUUAAACUUUUUUUGAAAGUUCUUCUGCUCGAUGCAAUACGAAACUGUAGAUUUUUAAAGUUUUUAAAUUUUUGACUGCUAUUGAAAACUGAAAAAGUGGAGUAUAGUUUUGGAUAGAGGAGAGGAAAUUUCUUGAAGAGAGAAAUUAUUAUUUUGAAUCUGAGGAAAAAAUUGGGUUUUUCGUGAAUUUGAAAUGCCUCCAGUUUAGCGUUUGGUCCCCAUUUCGGUAGGUGUGGCCGGCCCAAAUGGACCCAUAAAGUCGAACCCUCCUUCCCUUUUCCGGUCCUGCUUAAGUCCUACAACGCAUCCGAAGGGCAUCAAAAUUUGGCGUGGCAAACAUCGCACGUUCUCCUCCUAAAAUGGACUCGAUUAAAUUCCGUUUGCAUGCCGCCGACCGUCCAAAAUUUGUGAUUAUGCCUUAUUUUAACUAAUGCCGCCCGGAAUCUUAUUUAUUUUCUUUGAAAAAAACAAGCAAAAAUUUUAAUUAGGAGUUCUGGGCGGGAAAAUUCGAAACUUCUUCGGAACCUUGUAAUAUCGACAGUUUGCGAUUUCCGAAAUUAUGUCACACUUCCAUGUCGAUUAAAAUCAUUGGACGGAUCAAGGAUUGAGACACGUUUUGAAAAUUGAUUUCGAAUUUUUCGAAAUGUUUCGAACUUAGAAUUAUAAAAAAGUAAUAAGGAUUUUUUAAAGUUUUGACUCUGGUGAUUUCAAUAAUUUUAAAAUUCUACCAAUAUUUUUUUCUGUACUUUUUUGAAAUUCUAAGUUCGAAAAAUUUCGAAAAAUUCGAAAUCCAUUUUUAAAACGUGUCUCAAUCCUUGAUCCGUCCAAUUAUUUUUGUCGACAUGGAAGCGUGACAUAAUUUCGGAAAAUGCAAACUGUCAAUUAUUGUACUUGGAGGAAUUUAAGUUUGCCGUUUUUGUACCAUAAUCCAUCCCCAUCAUUGGUGCUGGAUUGCGCGGCAAAAACGUCAAACUUAAAUUCGUCCGAGUACAAUAGCUUCAAAUAUUAUGAAGAUGUUUCCGAUGACUUAAUUGGUAUUUUCUUUAAAAAUCUUAAAAAUAAAGAUUUCAAUCAUCCGA